AUGCAAAUCAUAAUAAAGUGCUUAAAAGGCGGAAGUACGAUAGCUGAGGUAAACCAGAACACGCCCGUAAUCGAAGUUAAGAGGAAGGUCGAAAAGGAUUUAAAAAUUCCGGUUGCGGAGCAAACGCUUGUCGUACUAGGAUCACCCUUACAAGAUGAUAAGAAUAUAGGCGACUACCCAAAAAUCAAAGAGGGCACGAAGAUUUACAUUGUCAUCAAGAAGCUCGAAACUUUACCUGGGGCGCUCGGAAAGUUUUUGAGAAAGUAUUAUUCAGAAGAACAGUGCAAGUUAAUAGUGGACGAAUUCAUGAGAAAUUUUCAGACGAAGGUCGAUAAUUUGAGUUUGGAUGAUUUGGAAAGAAUUGCCUUAGCCAAUUUGGAGAAAUAAAAUGUUUGGUUGAAUUUUAGUU